AACUAAAAUUUAUUUUUAGAAGUUAAUGCAAGUCAUGGCAACGCAAAUUACAACAAAACAGCGCCUGGAGCGGCUAAUGACUGCUAAAAAGGAUCUGGAAUCGCAAAUAAGUCGCAAUGGCGAAAUAUUGGCAGCGAAUGAUAAUGUAGGCAUGAAUGGCCCUCUUAUUGACGCCGAGGGUUAUCCUCGCAACGACAUUGAUGUUUACCAAGUGCGCCAGGCGCGUCAGACAAUUAUCUGCUUGCAAAACGAUCACAAGGAACUCAUGAAUCAAAUACAGGAUCAGCUGAAUAAAUAUCACGCUGAGAUAGCGACCACAGACCCAGAGCUGGUGAAUCGCGCCUCCGCCCUGGAACUGAAUGAAAACAACCAAAGAGGAACUGGCGGCGCUGUUUUGAGUUCUGUGGAUACACGCGUUUUAGUUAUUGUGAAUCUAGUUAGUCCCAGCUCGCCGGCAGAAGCAGCAGGUCUCCAUGUGGGUGAUAGAAUACUCCGAUUUGGCUCUAUUAAUGGCAACAACUUUAAGGACAAUCUCGCUCAAAUUGGUGAAGUAGUGCGUAACAUGCAAAACCAAAAUGUCCAGCUGAAGAUUAAGCGGGAGGAGCAGAUACUAGACUUGGUUCUAGUACCCAAGACAUGGACAGGACGUGGCUUGUUGGGCUGUAAUAUUGUGCUGCCGCCAGAGCAAAUGGAGCAUUAGCAUUUACGUAGACUUAGACUUUCUUUUAUGCGCAUGUAAAAUUACGCACGAAAUAAUUUUAAAGAAGAUUACUUUAACAGUCAGAUGUAAUUGAUUUCAAUGGAUAGCUUGUGGCCUGAAUAAUCAUCGAAGCUAAGCCAAUUUGUGAUUUCAAAGUGACAGCAACGGUUGCCGGCUAACUGUGUCAUGGCAGGGCAUCAAAGUAAACAGAUCAAUUGCAGUCAACAGCAUUUUAAAAGUAGUUCAAAUCUUUAAAGAGUCAAAAGCAGCGUUUAAAUAAGUGGAAAGUCUCAUUCGAAUGCGCGCCUUUUGCAAAAGCUUUGGCAAGUUGGCAUGCCAUAUGGAGUGUUACCAGCAGGCAAUCGUUGGUGGUUUGGUAUUUUGGUAUA